AUUCCACGUUUCGGUACACAGGCAGUCCAGACAGUCUCCGCUCCAGGGCACCCAUGAUUACCCCAGAUCUAGAAAGUGGGGUGAAAGUUUGGCAUUUAGUCAAGAAUCAUGAUCAUGGUGACCAGAAGGAGGGUGAUCGGGGCAGCAAGAUGGUGUCAGAGAUCUAUCUGACCAGGCUGCUAGCUACAAAGGGUACGCUGCAAAAGUUUGUAGAUGACUUGUUUGAAACCUUGUUCAGCACUGUGCACCGAGGCAGCGCUCUCCCACUGGCCAUCAAAUAUAUGUUUGAUUUCCUCGAUGAACAGGCUGAUAAGCAUGGCAUCCACGACACAGAUGUGAGGCACACCUGGAAGAGCAACUGUCUUCCUCUACGCUUCUGGGUGAAUGUAAUUAAAAACCCCCAGUUUGUCUUUGACAUCCACAAAGGAAGUAUCACAGAUGCCUGUCUUUCAGUCGUGGCUCAAACCUUUAUGGAUUCAUGCUCCACCUCAGAGCACCGCCUUGGCAAGGACUCCCCCUCCAACAAGCUGCUGUAUGCCAAGGACAUUCCCAGCUAUAAGAGCUGGGUAGAGAGGUAUUAUGCAGAUAUUGCAAAACUCCCAGCCAUCAGUGACCAGGAUAUGAAUGCCUACCUCGCAGAGCAGUCACGUCUGCAUGCUGUUGAUUUCAACAUGCUGAGUGCACUCAAUGAAAUCUACUCCUAUGUCAGCAAAUACAGUGAAGAGAUCAUCGGGGCUCUGGAACAAGAUGAGCAGGCGCGCCGGCAGCGCCUAGCAUACAAAGUAGAACAGCUUAUUGGUGCCAUGUCUAUGGAGAGCUGA